AUGGCCUCUGAGACAAAGAUAGUCUAUCUGCUCAACAGCCUCGCCAACCCCAAGAUCAAAAUCCACUGGGCUUGCAUAUCGAUUCCAAAGCUGGAAGCGGGUGGUCAAUGGAAGCCUCGACGGUGGAACGUGCUUCCCGAGCAGAUGCCCGCCUCGAACCGCGUUACCUUGAGUAAAUAUUGCCGGGCAUUUCUCUACGCAAUCGUCGCCUUUGUCAAUAUAGUGCCAUUGGUGAUCCUUCAAGACAAGCGGUCGUUUGUCUACACGCUGCAGGUCCUGAUUGUCAACGUGUUGCUGGCCGCCGGUAAUUUCUGCCGGUCCAUGGCUCUCCGCAGCAACGCUUCGGGCGAAGAGCCUGAUACCUCACCCCAGCCGUGCUCUAGGUGUUACGGCGCGCUGCGUUGA